ACAAAACCGCUACUCCUGGUACCAGAUGGCCAGCCUCUAGAUUGAUAUGUGCGGCUCGCUGUAGCGGCAGUUUGAUUUGCCCCACAUGAUUGGCAAAGAGGCUAUCGCGAGAAAGUAUCCCACAGGAUGUUGAGAAUGCCAUGACUGCUCAUAUAAGGCAUGUUGCCUUAAUUCUACUUCGAUACCCUACCUCUCCGACUCACCAGCGAGGUCAAAGCUAGGCGUCACCACCUCCAAGAUGCGCUCUCCCCUAACUCUGCUCGCCCUCGCGAGCACCGCCGCCGCCCAAACCGCCCACAUGCUCCGCUUCGGCUGUUCCCAACUCGUCGUCGAGCGGCUCGACCCACUCGUCAACCCAGGCCAAGUCGGCACUCCGCACGUACACCAGAUCGUCGGCGGGAAUUCCUUCCGCGCGGACAUGAAGCCCGUCGAGCAUGAUUUACCUUCGCGGUCCACAUGCACGACUUGCACCUUCUCCGAGGACUUUAGCAACUACUGGACUGCGGCUCUGUAUUUCAGGGCGAGGAAUGGGACGUUUAGGCGGGUGCAGCAGUUUGAGAAUGAGGGGUUGAGACAGAGGGGUGGGAUGACGGUGUAUUAUAUUCCGCCAUAUGAUGGCGUGAGCAAUGUCACUGCUUUCAAGCCGGGCUUCCGCAUGCUCGCUGGCAACCCCGCCCUUCGCAACAACACAGGUUCGUCCCGCGGGAUCUGCCACCGUUGCUUCGAAGGCGAAAACUUCAGACCCUUCGGUGGCGCCCCUUGCACUGGGAAUGACACAAAAUCGUUGCCUGACCACCCGUGUCCCGGCGGUAUCCGCACCCAAGUCACCUUCCCCACCUGCUGGGACGGUGUGAAUCUCGACUCGCCGGAUCACCAGAGCCAUGUAGCAUACUCGAUUAUCCCAUUUGAGCCUUAUGAGGAACCCGUGGUCAAGAGGCCGUAUACGCCCGAGUUGCAGAGGGGCAAGUGUCCCGACAGCCAUCCGGUGCAUUUGCCGCAGUUGAUGUAUGAGGUCAUGUUCGAUACGAGGCCGUAUAAUGACAAGGAUUUGUGGCCCGAAGAUGGGAGUCAGCCGUUUGUGUUUUCCAUGGGUGAUGCGACUGGGCAUGGUAAUCACGGCGACUACCUCUUCGGCUGGAAAGGAGAUUCCCUUCAGCGGGCUUUGGAUGCGAGAUGCGAUAAUGCCAAGUGCAAAGAGUUGCUUGAUCAGACGCCUGAGGAGGCGAUGAAGUGUAGGGUUCCGCAGACUAUGGUUGAGGAUGUGGGCGAUGAGACGUGGCUCGAGACGCUUCCUGGAGGGGUGAUGCCGCAUUAGGAGUCGAAAUAAGGGUUGAAAGUCGAGGGGAAGAGGUGAUAUCGAGGCAUGUAGCUUUCAGGCAAUGAGCCUCUUGAUUUUCUAAAGUAAUCAACU